UUUGACAUUUGUUUGGCUUUUGUGUUACCGAUUGGAAAAUAUCAUGUAAUUAAUUGAUAUUACUGCUUUGAAACUUCAGUUUCGCGAACAGACAUUGUUUUUUGUUUGCCGGAUGCGUAAUUUCCAACAUAGAAACCCAAAAGUUUUUCGUCGAUCUCUGGAAAAAUCGAUAUUGCUAUAGUGCCGCUCUUUUUGUUUCGCGUUGCGAAUAAUGUGAUAAUUUCUGUAAUAAACUCAUGAAAGUUUUGAAACAUGACAUUUAGUAAAACUUUUUGUGGUUGUGGUGUACUAUACGGGUAAAUCAGCUUUGAUUUCCCGUAGAAAGUUAUGCUACAAAAAGGCGCGAAGCAGUUGCGACUAUUACAUUUGCGAAAAAAUAAAAAUGCAGGAGUAAAUUUAAAAAUAAUGUACACAAGUACGAAUUAAAUGCUUAAGAUCAUUUAGUGCUCUCUAAAAUUUUUUAAAUAUAUCCGGUACUGCUUAAAUUGAAAAGUAUUCUUUUCUGCCAAGAAUUUACAUGUUAAGUUUACCUUCAUACCUGCAAUGCGGUUAAGAAGUAGAAAAAGAGAGCGCCCGCUCUCAACGAAAGCAACAUCAAGAUCAGCCCAAUUAACGAAGUGCAUUGUCAAAAGUCUUCCAAAACCAACCAACACUUGGAGGAAGGUAUUGAAACACGAUACAGUUAAAAAUGCCCUAUCUGACUACCACUGUGUUACAAGGUCACAGAGAUUGAAAACUAGACCAGUGAGAACACCUCGCAGCAUGGAAAAGCCAGUGGAAAUACAUAAACCUCGCCCGAAAAUCAAAGAUGUUCCGAAAAAUACUAAACCGAUCUUUCAAACAGUGGUUAGGCCUAACAAAGACACAAUGACUCCGUCUACUAUCAUAAAAAAAUCACACAAUGAUAAAGUUUCUACAACAAAGAAGGAGGUUACCACUACCAGAAGUGUUCAGCUACGUCACAGUUCUCUGAACCGUGAAUUGAGAAAAAAUGAAAUAUCAUCUGCAAUCUCUUCUCCUAGGAAAACAAAACGCAUUGAUAACAAGUCAGUAUCAUUAAACAAUUCUCCGAUACGCAAAGUCCGUCAAAUAGGCUUAUCAAGUCCAAAGGCCAUCAGCUCAAACAACGAGAGCCCUAAAAAGAAGACUAAGAAAGCACAAACCGAAUCUCCCAGUUGGUCAGAUGAGAAUGACAUUACAAUGUACGAACCUCACACAACAACCUUUGUUGAUUUCCCAACUUCAAAGUCUGAAGAAUCUGACUCUGAAAAUGUAGAAUCAUCUGAGCUAUGUCUUCCAAAUGACUGUUUGAAUGAUUUCAUCGCAAUUGCUGACUGUGAGACGCUCAUCAAUCUGCCGGCUAGCACCGAUGAUGAUAUUAAUUAUCUGGCUGAUAAAGCAGCUAGGGUAAUGACAACUGAAAAGGAAGAGAAGAAUAAUAUAUCAAGGUCAAAUUCAACAGAAAAGAGGCUGUUGAAACGCCGAAAGUCUAGCAAUGACUUGGAGAUGUAUCAGCCAACAUCGACAACUGACGACCUGGACCCCUGCACUGAGUUCCUUGCUAAUGGAGACAAAUAUGUCCAGGAGGAUCUCUCUGCCCUGGACGAGCGUGAUGGGUACGUCCGUUCUUCGGAAUGCGAGAUAUCGUCGACGUGCUCCCAGGGCGGCGCCAUGGAGCGACUGCGCGCCCUCUCCGCACGGAGCCCCACCACCGCCUUCCUCGCUGGCAUUACACACAGCCUCAACGAUGACACGCAUGCCUGGAAUGGAACCGAUUUAACAGCAGAUGAGUCUUCAUUGACUUGUCACGAUGAGCAAACGCCCACUGACAUUGAGGAGGAAGCAGCCGAUGUGAUAUCAUCUUGCAGCAGUCGGGUUGAUUGUGAACAGAUCUCUUCAUGGGUAGAUGCCUUUGAUCCCUAUUUGUUCAUUAAACAGCUGCCACCAUUGGAGACAGUGGCCACGGGGGCAUUACGAGCGCGUUAUCCAGCAUUACCACUGAAGACCAGAACCAGUCCUGACUUUAGCUUGGUUUUGGAUUUGGAUGAGACAUUAGUUCACUGUUCCCUUCAAGAGUUGCCGGAUGCCAGCUUCCAUUUUCCAGUGCUGUUUCAAGAUUGUCGUUAUACUGUGUUCGUUCGCACGCGGCCUCACUUCGCGGAGUUCCUGUCGCGCGUGUCUCGUCUCUACGAGGUCAUACUGUUCACGGCCAGCAAGCGGGUGUACGCGGACCGCCUGCUCAACCUGCUCGACCCCUCCCGCCGCUGGAUCAAGUACAGGUUGUUCCGGGAACACUGUCUCCUCGUGAACGGCAACUACGUGAAGGACCUGUCGAUCCUGGGCCGCGACCUCCGUAAGACUGUCAUCGUCGACAACAGCCCGCAGGCGUUCGGGUAUCAGCUGGAGAACGGCAUCCCGAUAGACAGCUGGUUCGUAGAUCGGAGUGACAACGAACUGCUGAAGCUCUUACCAUUUCUUGAGCAUCUGGCCACGAAAGACGACGUCCGCCCCUACAUCAGAGAUAAAUACAAGCUCUUCAGUUACCUGCCGCCGGAUUAACUCGAAAGAUUGAUGUUACAAUAACAAAAUAACUCGGCAUUGUGUAAUAUACAAUUUAAAAACAGUGAAAAAAUACAUAAAAAAAAAAAAUUCGGGCUUAUAAUCAGACGAGACGAGUGGAGGUAACAUACGAUCGUCGACAGUGACAUUGUAUAUUGUAACUAACACUCGGUCAGACAAGAUUCUCUGUCUCUCUCUAACUCGUAAGUUUUUGAGUACCUUAAGUUUACUUAUAAGUAAGUGAUAUAAAAUUUUGUAGAUUAUUUCUUAUAGAGGACUUGAAGAGCCCAAUUUAGCGCUGUCACAGCAAAAAGUGUAUAUUACACAAUGUAACGUCUUAAAUAAAGUAUUGUUUGUUAAAAAUUGAGAUAAAAUUAUUGCCGGGCAAAAAAUGUGUGAACAUCUUAAUAUCCGUGAAAUAAGAUUGGAUCCUAUGUAUGCUUAAACAAUUAUUAUUGUUCAUUAACAAAUUUUAUCAUGAAAAUUGUUUUAUAAGAGAAAUAUCUGUACUAAUAUGUAUUAUAUUUGUAAGGUUGUUUGUUAAUCAAUGGAAACAGAAAUGGCCGAUCAUGGAUUUGGAUGACAUUUAUAUAACAAAGUUAGUUUAUAAGUUGGCAGGGUUAUCCGGAGACAUUCGGGGAAUGUUAAAGCAAACUCACCUUCACACACCAACCGGCUCAUGAUGAUGAGGGGUUGUGAGCCCGCACGGGUAGACACCACCGCCCUGCCUCUUUCUGCCGCGAUGCAGUAAUGAGUUUUGGUUUUAAAACUGAGAGAGCUCAUUUUAAGGCGGUCAAAGUAUAUGACGUCACCUGGGCAACGCCUGGUAUAUCCGCCACAACGCGCCAUUGUUUGUCGUCAAGGCUAAUUAUAAAAACAUUAUAAAUGACUAGCUGUACCCGUCCGCUUCGCCUGGGCAUUUAAAAUUAACAUUAUUAUUUCUCACUCCCACAAAG